UAUAAUUGCCUAGAGUUGGUUGGUGUUCUCACGGCAGCAUUUACAAGAGGACCAGAUCAAAUGCCUUGUGUGAGAAAGCUGCUCUUGAUUGGUCAGAAUUUCCAUGUGGGAAAAAUCCAGGAAGUAAAGCAAACGUUGAAGAAGAGUACACUUGCAAGAUAAAUGUGACACUUUCUAAUGUCACAAUGGAGGGACAACUACGCAGGUUGAUUUUAGCGCUGCUCAUCGUGGACUAUAUUGCUGUCAUUGUUCAUUUUAGUCAAAGCAUACAGUUUGAAAACGAGGCAAACGCGGCUCCAACUAGAAAACAAUGUUUUGAUGCAUUGGAUGUGCUGAAUGUGCAUAUUAAGGCAGUACAGGAGGAGGUGCACAUUAAUAAUCCUCCAGGACUGUAACAUGCUCAUGUUUAACCCAAACAAUGUGUCAUGUGACUGCAGUUGCUUCACAUCCAGGUCGCAACACCUUCUCACCACAAACCAACCGCACCAGAGUUCCUUUGGAACCGGACUGAGACCACCUCUUCAAGAAGGUCUCGGCCCAGUUGUUUUUGUUGUGUUCACACCUGCACAAACGAACCGCACUGAGGGGGCAAACACACCUGAGUUCAACUGAACCAAACCAAACAGGGCAGGUGUGAAAAAACCCUCAGACUCUCCCUGGGUCUGUGUCUGCAGCUUCCUGUAUCGUAGAGCAGCACAAAAGAGAGGAGUGCUCACUCUGCAGCUGAAUCUUGGAACCAAAACAUUGCCAGUAGUGUACUGACUGACACACACAAAAAAACUCACACUGCUUGACUUGAAGGAAUCUGAGUCAACUGAAGUGUCUCCAACUGAUGAUUCUAGAUCCCUGACUUUCAGGGUGCAGCCAUAGUGUAUAACUAUCACAUUAGAAUUACCAGGCUCUAUCUGCGUUCUGAGAGGUUUUGAGAUAUUGAGUUUUUAAGUUUUGCAUUAACAAAAAUAGCAUAAAUGAUGUAAACCACACAUUAAUCAGUGUUUGUAUUUCUAUGAGGCUCCAACAACAGAGACAAGUCUAUCCUGCACCCAGCUGUGUGUCCAUCAGCAGUGACUGGUCUAUGGGUCUACCUACUACCUUCAAAAAUGGACACCAGUCUGAACAGAAAAUCCGACAUGAGAGACCAGUCUCUCCUGGACUUGGACCAGAACCUGGAUCCAGCUGUGUAUCCAUGAAGAGUGAAGCAUCCAUAGACCUCCCACUUUUUUUUAAAGGACAAAAUUCUUCUGAAACACGGAUCCAGCAGCGAGGACGAGACUGUCCUGUCCCAACCUGUGUGUCCAUAAAGAGUGACCGCUCUAUGCCUCUAUAUGUUUGUUUCAAAGAUCAGGAAAACUCUGCCAAGCAGAGAGGUCAUCAGGAAAAUUCAAAUGUUCCCAGUGGUCAGCCUGCCCAGCAACAUCCAACAGAUCUGGACUCCAUAUUCAUGCUGCUUGAGAAGAACAUUGUCAGUUUUGUGAAGAACGAACUGAAGAGGUUUCACAGGAUUAUGAAUCCAGAUUACCCAGAAUGCUUAGAGAGUCAGUGUGAGGAUGAAAAGUGGUUGGACAGUGAGGAUGUGAAGCAGAGGAGGAGCAGCAGAGAGGCGUUUCUGAACAUCACACUGAAUUUCCUGAGGAGAAUGAAGCAGGAGGAGCUGGCUGACUAUCUGCAGAACAGAAUUCAGCUGUGCCAACGUAAAUUCAAAUCUAACCUGCAGAAGAAGUUCCAGUGUGUGUUUGAGGGGAUCGCUAAAGCAGGAAACCCAACCCUUCUGAAUCAGAUCUACACAGAGCUCUACAUCACAGAGGGAGGGACUGCAGAGGUCAAUGAUGAACAUGAGGUCAGACAGAUUGAAACAGCAUCCAGGAAACCAGACAGACCAGAAACAACCAUCAGACAAGAAGACAUCUUUAAAGCCUCACCUGGAAGAGGCAAACCAAUCAGAACAGUGAUGACAAAGGGAGUGGCUGGCAUUGGGAAAACAGUCUUAACACAGAAGUUCACUCUGGACUGGGCUGAAGACAAAGCCAACCAGGACAUACAGUUCACAUUUCCAUUCACUUUCAGAGAGCUGAAUGUGCUGAAAGAGAAAAAGUACAGCUUGGUGGAACUUGUUCAUCACUUCUUUACUGAAACCAAAGAAGCAGGAAUCUGCAGGUUUGAAGAGUUCCAGGUUGUGUUCAUCUUUGACGGUCUGGAUGAGUGUCGACUUCCUCUGGACUUCCGCAACAAUGAGAUCCUGACUGAUGUUACAGAGUCCACCUCAGUGGAUGUGCUGCUGACAAACCUCAUCAGGGGGAAACUGCUUCCCUCUGCUCGCCUCUGGAUAACCACACGACCUGCAGCAGCCAAUCAGAUCCCUCCUGACUGUGUUGACAUGGUGACAGAGAUCAGAGGGUUCACUGACCCACAGAAGGAGGAGUACUUCAGGAAGAGAUUCAGAAAGAAGCAGGCCAGCAGAAUCAUCUCCCACAUCAAGACAUCACGAAGCCUCCACAUCAUGUGCCACAUCCCAGUCUUCUGCUGGAUCACUGCUACAGUUCUGGAGGAUGUGAUGAAGACCAGAGAGGAAGGAGAGCUGCCCAAGACCCUGACUGAUCUGUACAUCCACUUCCUGGUGGUUCAGACCAAAGUGAAGAACAUCAAGUAUGAUGGAGGAGCUGAGACAGAUCAUCACUGGAGUCCAGAGAGCAGGAAGAUGAUUGAGUCUCUGGGAAAACUGGCUUUUGAUCAGCUGCAGAAAGGCAACCUGAUCUUCUAUGAAUCAGACCUGACAGAGUGUGGCAUCGAUAUCAGAGCAGCCUCAGUGUACUCAGGAGUGUUCACACAGAUCUUUAAAGAGGAGAGAGGACUGUACCAGGACAAGGUGUUCUGCUUCGUCCAUCUGAGUGUUCAGGAGUUUCUGGCUGCUCUUCAUGUCCAUCUGACCUUCAUCAACUCUGGAGUCAAUCUGAUGGAAGAAGAACCAACAGGCACCUCCCAGCUGUCUAAAGUCUUCAGAGACAAACCCACACUAACACAUCUCCACCAGAGUUCUGUGGACAAGGCCUUACAGAGUCCAAAUGGACACCUGGACUUGUUCCUCCGCUUCCUCCUGGGUCUGUCACUGCAAACCAAUAAGACCUCCUUACAAGGUCUGCUGACACAGACAGGGAGCUGCUCAGAGACCAAUCAGACAACAGUUGAGUACAUCAAGAGGAAGAUCAGUGAGAAUCUGUCUGCAGAGAGAAGCAUCAACCUGUUCCACUGUCUGAAUGAACUGAAUGAUCAUUCUCUAGUGGAGGAGAUCCAACAGUACCUGAGUUCAGGACGUCUCUCCACAGAUAAACUGUCUCCUGCUCAGUGGUCAGCUCUGGUCUUCAUCUUACUGUCAUCAGAAGAAGGUCUGGAAGUGUUUGACCUGAAGAAAUACUCUGCUUCAGAGGAGGCUCUUCUGAGGCUGCUGCCAGUGGUCAAAGCCUCCAACAAAGCUCUGCUGGAUGACUGUAACCUCUCAGAGAGAAGCUGUGAAGCUCUGUCCUCAGUUCUCAGCUCUCCAUCCUCUCUAAGAGACCUGGACCUGAGUAACAAUGACUUGCAGGAUUCAGGAAUGAAGCUUCUUUCCACUGGACUGCAGAGUCCACACUGUGAACUGGAAACUCUCAGGCUGUCAGGCUGUCUGAUCUCAGAGGAAGGCUGUGUUGAUCUGGCCUCAGCUCUGAGCUCCAACCCCUCCCAUCUGAGAGAGCUGGACCUAAGCUACAAUCAUCCAGGAGACUCAGGAAUGAAGCUGCUGUCUGCUGGACUAAAGGGUCCAGACUGGAGACUGGACACUGUCAGGGUGGAUUACUGCAGUAGGAAGAGGCUGGAACGUGGUCUGAGCAAAUAUUUCUGUGAACUCACCCUGGACACAAACACAUUAAACAGACACCUCAAACUGUCCGACAACAACAGGAGGGUGACAUGGUCACUGAAGUGUCAACCAUAUCCUGAUCACUCAGACAGGUUUGACUAUUGCUGGCAGCUGCUGUGUACAGAUGGUCUGACUGGUAGAUGUUACUGGGAGGUGGAGUGGAGAGGAAAGAUCGUUAUUGCAGUGACUUACCGAGGAAUCGGUAGAAGAGGACAGGAUGGUGUCUGCAGGCUGGGAUGGAACAAUCAGUCCUGGAGUCUAUACUGCUCCAAUAAACGUUACUGUGUUUGUCAUAAUAACAAAGUCACAGCCAUCUCCCACCGCCCCUCCUCUCGCACAGUAGCAGUGUAUGUGGACUGUCCUGCUGGCAUCCUGUCCUUCUACAGAGUCUCCUCUGACUCACUGAUCCACCUCCACACCUUCAACACCACCUUCACUGAGCCUCUGUACCCUGGCUUUGGGUUCGGGGUUAGUAUUAAAUCCAGCUCCUCAGUGUUUCUGUGUGAGCCAUAGGAUGGAGUCUCCUGGAGAAAGAAACACACCAGUGACGGAGAGGACCGACUGAAAUUGCUCAUCUUGUGUAAUAUCACACACGGAUGUGCAUUAAAAAACAUUUUAACAUCAGCACAAUCAAAUUUUGUAUAUUGAACGAGGUGAAAUUAGUUCCUGAGAGCUGAACUCACUGUGGUGACUCUAUGUUUGUAGUAAGACACAUCCUGGGGCAGCAGUAGCUCAGUCAAUAGGGAGCUGGGUUUGGAACCAGAGGGUCCCCAGCUCAAGUCCCCGUCCAGAUAAAAUCCUUAUUUAACGAUCAUCUGCAGGGUUGCCAACUUUCACACAUCUGGUGUGACUGUCACUCUUUCACCAUCAAUGUCACUCUCUCACGCCCGUUUAAGAAAUCUCACGCCGGAUGUCCACUGGAUCUGUCGCGUGUGCGAUUUGGCCACGGCACGGACUCACUCCAUCCUGUGCCAGGCGUCAAUGUCCACUGAGAAUUAUAGCGGUGCGCAUGCAAGCGACUAGAAUUGGCAGAUCGCAAAGAUCACACUGUCACGUGAUAAUCUACGGAAAUCUCCUCUGAGCCCCUCUUCAUGUUUGACUUCAGGCCUGGGGCCACCCACUUUCACGUCAUGUUGAUGUAGCGUUGUGUUCUUCCAGGAGCUUGCUGUUCACUUCCUGUAUGAAUGUAGAGCAGAAACCAUGAUGUUUUUUUCCAAACCUUACCAUGUGCUUUCAUUGCAAGGUGUCAUUGACAUGUUGUCCCAGAACAUUAACAACAGGCGCAGGAGGAUAUGAAGAUGAAAUGUGUAAUGUGCAAUUGUGAAAGUCCGCUGACAAAGCGGUGAUAUUUCGUCAGAAUGAGAACAGGCUGUCCGUAUCUGACGUUCUUGGAGGCGUCUCAGCUGACGCUUGUUACAUGCGUCCUGUCUUUUCAAUAGUUUUCACAGGAAAUGUUCAGUUUCUGCUCGGUAGAUAGUCUUUUUCAAAAUAAAAUUACAACAUGGGUAUAACACCUCGCAUGUACUUUUAUUUCUCUGUGCAACACAACACGUGGUUAGGUUUAGAAAAAAAAACAUCAUGGUUUGGCUUAAAAUAACGCCACGUAGAACAUUAAACUGUUACUAAAAUAACUCCAUUAAUUUUUGGUUUCACACAGGAAGUGAACAGAAGGCUCUGGGGUGAAAGUCCGGUGUUUGUUUUACCCGUCCACCUGUCCUACAUGGACAGUGGGUCUCAGCUGGUAGUGAGACCUUCAAAUGUCGUCUAAUAGAUAAAAUAAACAAAAUAAACUCACAAAAUGUGAAUGUGACGGAGCGGCCCCGUCACUGAGUGCAGGCAGUGCACACAUACACAUACACACACACACAGACACACAUGCUAUGCGCUAUGCGCUACACGUUACACCCCACUCAUCAAACAUUUCCGAGCCCCGUUCUGGUCCACUACAUUGGUUGCAAUUAUCGCCAUAAUUCACCGCCCCACAGUUCUGUAGUUCGCACGAGGGUGCACGCUCGCCGUUCUGCACGCCUGUUCAUACCCAUCCAUAUCACAUAGACACUCACUGCAGACGCCAGGUUGUCCUCCCCGCUGCCCUCUGUCAGACGCCGAAUCCGCCAAACAGGGGCGUAUCGAGUUCCUGGGGUUUAAAGGGGACGUAGCGGAAAAUGGUCACCUGAUUAAUUUAAAUGUGUGUUUGCGCUAAUUAUGUUUAUUUUGCAGUAUUGGAGAUUGUAUGUUGACAUGUUGAACAGUGAAUAUUUAAAGGAGGUAUUUCUCUGUAUGUAACUAUUUGUCAGUAUGUUUUUGGUUGUUUCUAUUUGUAGGGAAACACUGAUUUCAAAGUUAAUUAUUCUUUUUGUGUCAUGCCCAGUGGGAGGGGCUUAUGAUUUACAAGGCAGCCAUCUUGUUCAUGUUGGUGUGGAGAGUUGGUGGUACAUGGCAGGUAUUUGACAAGAAGACAAAGUAUUGAGUGAGCGUGUUUUUGGACUAUUGUCCUUGUUUUUUUGGCCGGUGGUCCAGCUGUAAUUUGGGUUAUUGAAGAACUCUGAACCCGCCACGUUCAACUACGAACUACGCCAUAUUUUUCCCGGAAGAACCCCGCUACAGUGAAUAAAGGAAAUAUUCCUACAGCUGUUGUCCUUAUCAGAUGGAGGAAGUACAACCGUCAACAGUCUCAGGACAAGUUUCCCUCUUUAACAAACAAAGACGAGCUGAACUACCGGACCUCAUUCGAAUUUUCAUUCAAAAUGGACAGAAACAAAAUCAUACUCGCCAAACCCAUCUUGGUUCAUCUCUCCACUGUUCCACAUGGAUACGUGCACAGAUCGACCUCAGGUGGUGUUCAAGCACCUGCACGUUUGGCCUCUGACCAUCAGUGCGUUUCUGUUCGACGUUUUUCUUCCAAUUCUUUUUCUAAUUUUGCAUUUUAGUUUUUAAGUUUGGCACAUGGCAUCAACUCUCAAUGCAUUUGAGUUUUAACCCUCCUUCUUUGACUGUGUCGUCACAGUAACAGAGCAUCCUGUAGAGCAGCGUCACGUCUUCCUGACCUGCCGGACAGACAAGUAACAACAGUGUCCGCCCUGAGCCUCGGCAUUGUUUGUAACUGUUAUGAAAUGAAACCAUCUCAAUACAGCCAGACUAAUGUAGGCAACAUCUCACCGUUCAGUUUAACAAUGAGUAAACUGGUCUGAUGUAAAAAUCACACCGUCUCCCUCCAACUCUGUCACAUUUAGUUCACCAGCCAGUGUCUUUUAAAACCAAAACUUAAUGUAAACUAUUGUUUGUGUCCCCCACACUGCAGCUCUGAUAGUUCAUUAAUGCCUCGUCCUCACCUCUGUACGUGACUGGUGUCUGUCGAUCCAUAAAUAUAUGGAUGCUGCCUCUAGUGUCCAACGCAAGGACAUGCAUGUUGGUAACACUCUCUAUGAAGAUCAUAUCUAUAAUGCUUUAUAAGGCCAUUCAUAGUGAGCUAUAAUGUGUUUAUAAUGCUCUAUGACUACACGCAAACACACAUAAUGCUUCCUGAUGCACUUUAUCAAACAGUCAGAAACAUUAUAGAUGUGAGUUAUAAUGAAUUAUAAGUGUCUUAUGGAUGUCCUUGACUCGUUAAAGCAAGUACCUCAACAAUCAGCUGUAGUAAAGACUCGUAGUCUGUUAUAAUAGUCCGUAUCAUAAGUUAUCACUGUGUAAAGUACAUAUUCAUGUAUCAAUGAUACUGUUUGCUUCAUCAUAACAUUUCAUUGUUGGUGUUCAGUAAAGUGUGAUUUAUUCUCAUGUAAUUAAAAUAAU